ACAAGAGGUUGGUAAAGCAAAGGAAGGAAGAAAUUACCCUGUCAAUAACGUAAACGAAAUUGUGUAGCAACCAUAAUUAAUGUCGGGAGUGCAAGGGGCUCAUCCGCCGGAGUCGAAGACGCCGACGACGUACGAGUCGGUAGCCGGAGGGGAGAACAGGACGAGGACCGACAUCCGCUCCAGGGAGGACGAGGGGAUGAUACAAGUAGAGAAGCUUCAGGACAAGGUUGGAGACGACGACCCUUUCGAAGUCGCCGGCGUCAACCCUGUUUUCGGUCCGGGCAAGGAUGAAGAUGGUGGUGACGAAAAGCAGCGCGACUUGGGGGUCACCGGCACGGCCGCCUGACUUUUGUCACCGGCGAUGAGAGACGCACACUACUCUUGCUCCAUCCAUCGACGAGUUAAAGAGAUAACUAGCUAGCUGUAUAGUAAUUAGUAAAUAGCAAUCCCUGUUUUUAUUUCUUCUUUUUAUCUCUUGCCUUGCUUUCCUUUGUGGUUAACAACUUAACAUCACAUGAAAUAAGAGUUGGAAAUACCAAGAGAGUUGUAUUUGUACGUUAUUUUAUAUAUGUAUAACUAUUAUACGUACCAUUAAUUUUGAAAAGAAGUAAAAUAUAUGUUAUUUUUUCAUUAUCAUAGUUUACUAUCCUUGUUAACACACGCUCUCAAGAGUCAAGCCAAUACAGCAAGGUAAAUAUUAUUCUAUAAGAAAAUUAAAAUCAAAACUAAUAAAGAAAAUUGAAAGCCCACUUGGUGGAUUUUGUUUGGUUGUCACGCCGACCAGUAUGCUAUCAGUUGAACUUGGUUCAACUUGUGCCGACCAUGAAACCGACAUGCCAUCACUGGUUUGAUCACUCUACAAAUUUAUAAAUAAAAUGACAUAAAUUUAAAUAUGAAUAUAUGUAAUUUUAUUUGAAAUAUCACAUUUUAUUUAAAUAUCGCAUAAAUUGUCUUCAAAUUUGGUUUAUAUAUGAUUAGAUUUCUUUGACAUUAAUGGUUUUUGACAUUUCUACAUAUUUUAUUAACCGGCAUGAACUGGCACAAACUGGUUGUACUACAGAUAGAAUCAUUCUACUUGAUAAACCGGCACAACGGUAUAUAAUAAACCGGUUUGACAACUUUGGUUCCUACGAUACUUUUUUUAAUUAAAAAAAGCCUACUAUAUAUAUGCCUUGUUGUUUGGGCCGUUCAGUUUUCUUUUUUAUUUUGGGGUCUGAGCCCAUUAAUAAGACCGAGUCAGGAAAAAAAUAUCUUAUGCGUGCACCAAAAAAUAUCUUCUGCCGGCUCAAAUAUACAAAGCUCACAAAAUAAUUGGUACCUCAACUUUGCUCCCAAGCAAACGCAACCCUCAAGUCUGCGAUUAAUAACAUAUCAGUCACCCUAUCUUAUCCCCACAAUUUUCUGGUCCAAAUUAUACACAUUAGUGAUAGAACACCUUGCCACCUUCAAAUAAUAAAAAUCAUUCAAAUUAAUUUACACCGCUGUAAAUCGACCAAUAUGACUACAAGAGUAUCGAAUUUUAAUUCUUAUUGGUAGCAAAAUCAACUCCGUUUCAUUAUCCAAUUUCUAACUUAAUUUACCUGUAACAACGCACGCUAAUUUAUCUCUUCCCUGUCUAUUGUCUAAUCAAAGGGCUCAUUUGGUCUUGAUCAUUAUUUAUCUAUCUGGAUUGAUACACUAAGCUGGCCAAUCGGGAGAAUCGACGUCACAGAGUGACUAUUGUGUUAGAUAAACCAAACUUUAGUGGUAAAUUUGUAAGGAAUCAAAACCUUAGUGAUCG